AUGGUCCAACAACGAUCCGGCCCAACUCCCACCGAGGAGUCGCCACUCCUUGCAAAGCCCAAAAAACAUGCCAACGGCCACGCAGACAGCAAUAGUACGGGAUACGUCUCGAUCGGAAGCUCGUCCUUCUCCGACGAGGAGAGCCAGGGCGUCGGCGAGGUCGAGGAGAGCUCGCCUGGCGGGCGCCAUGUGGCUGCCGUUAUUGGAGUUCUCCUGAUCGGUAUCUUCGUCGGACAUGCAGACGGCUCCAUUCUCCUGGCCACGCAUGCCAGCAUCGCGUCCGAGUUCAACGACCUGGGCAACUCGAGUUGGCUGAUCACGGGCUUCGCCCUGGCUGGCGCAGCGACACAGACUCUGUACGGCAAACUAAGCGACAUUUACGGCCGCAAAACUCUCGUCAUCGCAGCCUAUGUCAUUUUUGUCGUUGGAUGCUUCUUGGUCGGCAUCGGCCAAACAAUGUGGCAAGUUAUCCUCGGCCGCGUCAUCUCCGGCGCCGGAUCGUCCGGUAUGACCGGUCUUGUUUCCAUUCUCAUCGCCGACCUGGUCCCCAUUCGCGAAGUAGCCGCCUGGCGCGCCUACGUCAACCUCGUGGCAACCCUCGGCCGCAGCAUCGGCGGCCCCCUGGGCGGGUGGCUCGUCGACAUAAUCGGCUGGCGCUGGUCCUUCUACAUCCAAGUGCCACCCAUCCUGUCCGCCAUUUUUCUCAUCAUUUGGUGUCUUCCCGAGACGAAGUCUGAGUCUUUAGAAUAUGACUCCGACGAAGAGGCCGCCGCGCGCCGACUGAAGAGCAAGCUCAGCCGGGUGGACUUCAAGGGGAGCAUCCUGUUUGCGCUGGUGGUGCUGACGUUCCUGUUGCCGGUUGAGUUGGGGGGCGUGGAAUUGCCUUGGACGAGUGGGCCGAUUCUGGGGCUGUUUGCGUUGAGCACGGUGCUGCUGUACGCAUUUAUCGUAGUGGAGAGGGGGCAGGAGGAGCCGAUUUUGCCGUUGGAGAUCUUUGAGAGGCAGGAUGCAGUCAUCUCGUAUAUGAUUUUGGGGCUGCAGACUGCUGCGCAGGUCGGGCUUAUGUUUUCCGUGCCGCUGUAUUUCCAGAUCACCGCUCGCGCAUCCAAUACCGUUGCUGGCGCGCACCUCGUCCCGGCUGUGGUGGGCAACGCUAUUGGUGGUGUUAUCUCUGGGUUGAUCAUCAAGCGGUCCGGCCGCUACAAAGUCCUAAUCAUCUCCUCCGUCACCGUCUCUUCCAUCUGCUACUUGCUCCUCAUGGCCCGCUGGCACGGCAACACUGGCUUCUUGGAAUCGCUCUACAUCUUUCCGGGUGGCUUCGGCACCGGCAUAGCCCAAUCAGCAGUCUUCAUCUCCCUUCAAGCGGUUGUCGACCAAUCUCACAUGGCUCCCGCAAUCUCGUUCAUGUAUCUGUCCAGCACUCUGGGCGUGACGGCCGGCUUGCCGGUUAUUAAUGCUGUGCUGCAGACUGCGCUGCGCAGGAGUUUGGGGUGGAGGUUGCCUGCGCUGGGGUUGGGGGGAGAAGAGGCUCGGAAGAUUAUCGAGAACGCUGUUUCGGACGUCGACUACCUGGAUCAAAUCACCGGUAAGAGUGCUGACCCAUAG